CAGGUUUGUAACCUCUCACCUUUGCCACUUCCAGACAUCCGCCAUUUUGUUUUGCGUCUUCGAUGUCAUCUCCGAUUUGACGGGAUUUUUAGGGAAUUCUAGAAACCGUGAAAACCGCUACCAACCAAAGACCUACAGACAUGUCGGAGUUCACGUGUCUGCCGCCCAAUCAAGAACCUAAUGGGGAAGAUACUGUAAACGAGAUGCACGUCAAAGAGGAGACAGGAGACACUGGAUGGCAACAGGAUGGGCAAAAGAACGUGCUCUGCCAGAAAACGUACAGUGAGGACCAGGAAACCUACGACUACUAUGGCACAACCCAACCAACCGGACAUGCUUGGAAUGAGACUUGGGGACAGACAACAGAUACUGGACGGCAGCAGGCAGAGAAAAAUGAUGUUCCAAACGACGAAACAUACGGUGUAAGAGCAGAAAUGGAAGAGUCCAGCUGUCAACUUUCUACUGGUGAAUCGUGUGCUGGUCAUUCUGGGCAGGAGAUGGACUGUAAAGAACACCCUGGGAAGGAGAGUGACAGCAGGGAGACAGCAGACAUGGGCCUGCAGCAGGAAACGUGUGAUGUGAACUUGCCCCAACCUCAAAAUAAAUUAACCUCACAGGUACAGGAGACUAUAGGCAUUAUGGUUGAACAUACCGCUGACAAACCUUAUAUAUGUGGAGAGUGCGGGUACAGGACGGCUCGUAGACGCGUCUUAUACGCACAUAUCAGAACACAUACAGGGGAAAAGCCCUACAAGUGUGAUCAGUGCGACUAUUCUGCAGCACAGAAAUCUAAUUUGAACCAACAUUUAGCAAAACACAGUGGUGGUGAAAACCCCUACAUUUGUAGGGAGUGUGGAUACAGCACAGCUAACAAGUGUCACUUAUCCCGACACAUGAAAACUCAUACAGGAGAAAAACCCUACAAGUGUGACCAGUGUGACUAUUCUACAACACAGAAAUCCACUUUGGACGCACAUCUAGCAAAACACAGAGGGGAGAAACCCUACAUGUGUGGGGAGUGUGGAUACAGGGCCGCCUAUAGGUCUAACUUAUCAGUACACAUGAGAACCCAUACAGGGCAAAAACCCUACAAGUGUAACCAGUGUGAUUAUUCUGCUGCACAGAAAGCUAAUUUGGAGCAACAUUUAAGACAGCACACUGGUGAAAAACCAUACACGUGUAGCGAGUGUGGGUACAGGACAGCUAAGAAGUCUGACUUACCCAUACAUAUGAGAACCCAUACAGGAGAAAGACCGUACAAGUGUGAAUAUUGUGACUAUUCUGCUGCACUGAAACGCACAUUGAACAGACAUCUUAGAAGACACACUUCAAAGAAACACUAAAACCAAGAGCUGGUACAAAACAGCCAAAUUUAACUGAGAAUAGAGCUCGUACAGGUAAAAACUGUUCUUUUACGAAGCAUCUAUAGAUGCCGAGUACCAGGUACUAGGUUUGAAUAUUUGCAACCUCUUCAUAGCAACAUUUAAUAAUUUCCAAGAUACAGGUACUAAAUGCAUCUAUGUAGAACAUGUGUAUAUACUAGUAUAUAUGGGUGCUAACAACCCCAUGGCGCACUGAUGCUGGUAAAGAUCUACAUGAGAGGUAACUAGAAGACAACGUGAUGUACACAGGUAAAUGAGUGUAAAUAAACCCAAUACUGUUGGUAAUAUUUAUGUUGGUAUUUAAACUGUCACACUUAAGGGAUGAUGCACAAUGUGAGAUACUGGUAUUUGUGUGGGGGUGGGGUGGUUUGAUUGGGCACCGGCAACACACAUGCAUGUAUAUGAAUAUAUAUCUAUAAUAUAUUUCUUGGUUUUGUAAUUGAAAUGUGUAUGUAUCUAUAUAGCUAUUAAAUGUUCAGCGCUGAUGGCAGGUUGCUUGCUUGCUUUUUUGAACAUUUGGCAAAUCUAAACCCGUUUUAUUUGUAAGUCACAGGUCAUAAUUCAAACAAUAGAUAAUAAACAGCUUGAAUAAACAGUUUUUCAAAAAACGUCACCUUGCAAUUCUUAGUCGACCUGCAAUUACUGGCUUUUAAGAUCAGGCAUCACCUUGUUGACAAAAUUAUGUUGUAUACGUUUACAUACUAACCAACGAUAUCGAUAGAUGAACGGCUCAUCAUGUUUGACCGAUGUAAUUAUAAGUACUAUUUUAAUUUCCGUACGUCACCGGUUCCCGUCACAGAUGUCUAUUUAUGCAAAUUAUGGCGACCCCGUCAGUUUACUUGCCUCCCUUUCCUUUACC